GGCGCAGCAGUCGUACGAGCUGCCACGUAAUGUUGUGUAUGCUGUUUGUCCGUUCUCGAAUUGCUGCAAUUAUAUCGUCCUGUAGGAUUACGUGGAGAUAAACGAGGUGAUGAGCGAGUCUGUGUCCAUCCGUUCCUAAUUUCGAGCGACCCGCGUCAUUACAAAGUGUGACUGUUAAAACAACAAAAUGUCACAGUCAAGUGGUUAUCAAUAUCCAGUAUAUCCAGAGCCCAAUAAUUCCUUGAAGAAUGAUCCAUCACCGAUAGUGAAUGGCCAAAAUUCUGCAUCCCAACAAAAUGGUAUGCAGUCUCCUCAGUUCAAUCUGACUGGCACACCAUCGUCGCAAUCGUCACGCGACCCGUCCAGGGAGACUUCCAGAGAUCCAUCGCCAACUCAGUAUCUUCAUAAUCAAUAUCGGCCUCAGUUGCCUCGACCGCCAAUGCCACCAAUAAAUGGACCUCCAAGUUCCAAUGCAUUGCCUUCGCUACCUAGAACAACACAACUAUAUAAUCCUGUAAAUCCUUAUGGGACCUCUAGCCAAUAUGCCACUAGUACUCAUUCAAAUGUUGCAGUCAGUACACCUCCGACUGCCUUUGUAUCCCAACCUAAUCAGGAAAUUCAGCAUAGAUACACGAUUCCUUCGAAUCAGAUGCCUUCACUAGCCAAAAACCAGUCAUCAGAAUCUGCGCCUUCGACGUUUACAAAUACUAUCGAACCGAAGCUUGUUAAAGUAAACCAAAGUUAUCAAUGGACAGCUAAUCCCCUGUCUACUAAUGCUGCACAGGGGACUGUAGGCAUUUCUGGAACAUCCAGUAGCAUUGAUAAGACUAGUCAAGUCUCUACAGAUCAAACUGCAGGAGGUCAAACAUCCUUUAUUGGAAUAAAUAAAAACUUGGCGCAUGGUCAAAGUGAUCCUACUUUUCCACCUUUAUCCAAUGUUAGUUUACCUCCUUCGAAUAUCACUCAACAUUUGAAUCAAACCAGGCACGUGCAACAUGAUCCAGCAAUUUCCAAUAUACAGUCUUCGAGAACUCAGAAUAUCCAACCACAAUCGACAACUGGUUUUUCCGAAAACUUAAAUAAUCCUCAACUCAAAUACAGCAGUCAACAGAAUAUAUUGAGUCCAACGUUAACACCACCGAAUUCUAGCACGCGAAACUUACUUCCCAGUUCACAAGGCCAUAAUGUAGAUUCACGGAAUCCCCAGGAUUAUUGUCCUCAGCCUCUGAAACCACAGCAAAACUUACUUACUGGUUACAUGGAUUCCACGGGAUUGGGAAAUAUUCCUCAAAGUCAGAACAUACAUCAAAAUUUACCUGGCCAAAGAAGAUAUCCGCAACAGGACACUGCCAAUACCACGAUGCUACUUCCAAGAACUACCGCACCGCCUUUGGGAGCUAAUCAGUUACAUGGUGCGAGACCGCCGCCAUCAGGAAUGACGCCUCUUCCGGGACAACAAACGUACGAUACUCGUUUACAACAACCCGGUCCGAUGACGAACGUCCCAUUAGAUUCAUUAAAUAGAAGAUAUCCAAAUAUGUAUCCUGACCAAUUAAAUCAAUUAAAUAAUCAGAUGGGCAAUCUAAAUGUUACACAAACUAGUUACAACAAAUUAUGGGGGAUAGAAUCGGUAGACCUUCUACAAUGCAGAAAUAUAUUGCCAUCUGCAAAAAUUGAACCACCAAAGAUCAGGUUACAUCAGGAAUUCCUGGAUAACGUAAAUUGUAAUCCUGACAUAUUCAGGUGUACAUUGACAAAGGUCCCGGAAUCGAAUUCGCUUCUUCAAAAAUCAAGAUUGCCAUUUGGUGUACUAAUACAUCCGUUUAGAGACCUAAACCAGCAUUUGGCAGUGAUUCAAUGCAAUACAAUCGUACGUUGUCGAGCUUGCAGAACAUAUAUCAACCCAUUUGUAUAUUUCGUCGAUUCGAGAAGAUGGAAAUGCAAUCUUUGUUUCAGACUGAAUGAACUUCCUGAGGAAUUUCAAUUUGAUCCUGUGACGAAAUCGUACGGUGAUCCAUCGCGACGGCCAGAGGUCAGAACUGGCACGAUAGAGUUUAUUGCGCCAAGCGAGUACAUGGUCCGUCCACCUCAGCCUGCUGUUUAUCUCUUCGUCAUAGACGUUUCUCGUCUCGCGGUAGAAAGUGGCUACUUGCAGAUCGUCUGCAAUACUAUCACCGAUGAACUGUCACGUCUCCCCGGCGACAGCCGUACUCAAGUCGGUUUUCUCGCUGUCGACUCUGCCCUACAUUUCUUCAGCUUGCCCGAUAACGUAUCGCAGCCGCACGAAAUGAUUAUGCUAGAUAUUGACGACGUGUUUCUGCCAUGUCCAGAGAACCUGAUUGUAAAUCUGAAAGAACGCGAGGAACUCAUUCGCGACCUUCUCGCUCAGCUAUCCAUCAAAUUUUGCGGUACUAAUGAUACUAACAACGCUCUCGGCGCCGGUCUUCAAGCUGCCCUGAAACUUCUUUCCGCCACUGGAGGACGUGUCACUGUUUUCCAAACAUGCCUGCCUAAUGUUGGUCCAGGAGCCUUGCAGCCGCGAGAAGACCCCAAUACCAGAGCGAACAAAGAUGUGCCGCAUCUUAAUCCAGCGACGGAUUUCUACAAAAGGUUUGCUCUGGAUUGCAGUGGACAACAGAUUGCGAUUGAUUUGUUCUUAUUGAAUAGUCAAUACAGCGAUCUGGCAACUUUAUCAUGCAUGUCAAAGUUUACCGGUGGCUGCAUUUACCAUCUGCCACUGUUUCGAGCAUCAAAGUUGCAGAAUACUGAGACAUUGGAAAGAUUGCUACGCCGUUAUUUGACCAGAAAGAUCGGUUUCGAAGCAGUAAUGCGACUUCGCUGCACCCGCGGUCUCAGCAUCCACGCCUUCCACGGCAGCUUCUUCGUUCGAUCGACAGAUCUUCUCUGUUUACCAAAUAUUAACCCAGACGCCGGUUUCGGUAUGCAAAUCUCUAUCGACGAGAACCUCUCCGACGUGCAGAAUGUGUGCUUCCAAGCAUCUCUUCUCUAUACUUCGAGCAAAGGUGAACGAAGAAUUAGGGUACACACUCUAUGUUUGCCAGUCGUGGCGAGUCUAUCGGAUAUUCUACAUUCUGCAGAUCAGCAAUGCAUAGUGGGCCUGUUAUCAAAGAUGGCUGUCGAUCGAUCGCUUCAAUCAUCUUUAUCGGAUGCUAGAGAUGCAUUGAUAAACGUUGCUAUCGACGUCUUGUCCGCGUACCGACUAUCACAAUCUUCCGGCGGCGGAGGACUUAUCGCUCCGGGAAGUUUAAAGUUGUUGCCAUUGUAUAUCAUCGCGCUAUUGAAGAGUAUAGCGUUUAGAUCCGGCACGAGUACACGUUUGGAUGAUCGUGUGUUUGCUAUGUUUCAAUUGAAGACAUUACCAUUAGCACAGUUAAUACAGGUGGUCUUUCCCGAUUUGUAUCCUAUUCACGCACUCGACGACCGCAAUUCAAAGGACAUUGAUGGCAAAGUGUGCCCGCAGCCGCCGCGACUUCAUUUAUCCGCGGAAAAACUCGAUAGUCGAGGCGCCUUUCUUAUGGACGCUGGUGACAGAAUCUUCAUUUACAUUGGCAAAAAUAUUAACCCAAUUUUUUGUUCUAACGUACUCGGAGUUUCGGCAUUUGUAUCUAUUCCGGAAGAAAUGUACGAACUACCCGAGUUGGAUACAAUAGAAAGCGAACGGUUGCGAAAUUUUGUGUUUAGCUUGCAAGAGGAGAAGCCGUACUAUGUAUCUGUACAAAUUAUUAGGGACGACAGCCACUUUAGGACAUUAUUUAUCGAGCGAUUGAUAGAAGAUCGAUUCGAAUCUGCUCUUAGUUAUUACGAGUUCUUGCAACAUCUCAAGACGCAAGUGAAAGAAUGACCAAACUAAGGAAAUUCUUGGAUAAGAUUAACUUGUGGAAGUGUUAAUUAUCGAAUCCACACACAUGAAUCAUGGAAUCAUAAAAAAAUUGUGUGAUUCAUCACAAUUCAUCGAUUUUGGGUCUCAUUUGGGAUAUAUUGGGACAUAUCACAUGAUUCAAGAUCUACUUAUGCCAUCUACUUAUGCAGCAGUGAUAGCCUUAUUGAAAGACACUGACACAUCUCAAUAUGAUAGAUUGUAAUUAUUGUUAUUAUAAUUAUUAUUAUUACAUAUUACAUGUUUCUUUAUCAUCAAUAACUCCAAUAUAUGGAUUUACAUUCUAGUUGUGUAUAACCACUUGGGUUAAGCAAUUUCUCAAUGCUUUAACUUAUAUAUAUAUAUAUCCAGCAAAUGAUAUCCAAUUUUUUAUGAUUUUGUGUUACAUGUUACAUCUAUACGGCAUUUUUAUUUCUAUGAGAGAAAUUUUUAUUCUUCAAGUAAAAAAAUUUUUUUUCUUUAAUAAUGGUAAUUUGUUGAAUAGCAUCAACAAUGACGAGUAUAAAUCUGUUUGAUGAGAGAUAUGUUUGAAUAGAAUAUUUUCUUCAAUUAUAUAUUUGAGUUUUUUCUUUCUCGUUCAUCGAAGUAUCGUUAUUGUCGCGAAUUAAUACGCAAGUGUUCUUAUCUUAAAUACCACACACAUGUAGACACACAUCUUCAAAAUCAUCAAAAAUAUUAUUUACGCAUAAUUAUACAAAUAUUAUUUAUUAAUAAUUAUAUGCAAUGGAAAUGGUAUUAAAUGAGUGCAAUUUUGCAUUUUUAAUAUAAGUAAUAAAAGUAAAAUGAAAGUGUGUGUACUUGCAUGACGUGUGUCGCCAAAUGAAAAUAUUUAAUGGUGAUAAACAAUGCACUAUUUGCAAUUUAAUCACCUAUAGGCAAUAAAACGAACAAGAGGAUAGUAACGACUCAUAAAAUAUUAUAUUAUCAGUUGCUGUAUGUAAUUCUUCAAACAAUGACAGGUUGUUAAUCCAUAUUAUAAGAUUAGACAUUGCAACAAGCAUACUCGUGACGACAAUUUCAAACAGUCGAUAAACGUUACGAUUAAAAGAUAUUGCAACUGAAUUAUGUAACUUAUUAAGAAUAGGAGAUGCAGAGAAUAAUUUCAUGCAAAUGUAAAGUACUAAUCGAUCGUCGAAGCAGACAUAAACUCGCCUAUAAAAGAUUAUAAGAAAUAAAUAAUGGUAAACGAAUAUAUAGAAUGGCGAGUGUAUAGUAAAUAAAAAAAUUAAUAUUGUAAAAUAAUCAUGCUGUUCGUACUGUAUCGUACUGCCAAACAGGUUUCCUGGCAUUGGUUUCUUUUUUGUCAUUAUAUUUUACGAUUUACUAAAAGCAAAAAUAGCAUGAUGAUUUAGUCUAUUAUUUAAUAAUACAUUUAUAUGUACACACCACACAGACACACAUACAUAUAUACAUAUAUACGCAUAAAUGCAUUACAUAUAUUGUAUGGGAAAUAAUUGUACAUCUUCUAACGAACCCUAUCCGUGUACUACCCAAUUUUUUAUAUAUCACCAAUUGUAUAUUACAAAAAAAAUGCUUCAAUUUUUA